CUGAUUAUUAGGAUUAAAAUUAUCUUGGUAAAAGCCAGUCAUUCAUAGAAAUAACGAGAAAGAAUAAACUUGUUUGGCUGAUUUAUAACUAUUUUUUAACGGCAAAUCUAGAGUGUCUAGAUUUAAUUAAUCAAGAUCUAGAUCUAGAAAAAGUCUGCAUUAGAUUCUAUUUGUUGAUCUAGAUCGUCGAGGUAUUAGUUGGAGUCAUCAAGAAUGUCUGACACAGGCAAUACUGCAUCUAGUCAUGAUGGCUCUGGCGAUGGUCCAUCAACCAAUAGAAAUACUGUUUUGGGCCAUAUGAUGGAAAACAAGGUGGAGACAACUCUCUGGUUGACACGAAUAUUCACUGUUGUCUGUACUGUUUUGUUUAUUGUUCCUAUUGUAGGAGAUAAUCCUUACAGCUUCUACCAAAGAGCACUUUUAUCAGCAGCCGCCACAAGCGCUCUUCGUCUACACCAGCGCCUGCCCAAUGUCCGCUUCAACAUGGAUUUCUUGCGAUCUUUGCUUGUGGAGGAUGCUAGCCACUACCUUCUGUAUUGCAUCAUAUUUCUCAACUCAUAUCCAAUGACAAUGAUACUCAUUCCAUUGUUUCUGUUUGCAUUGCUACAUGCCUGUUCUUAUACCAAAACUAUUCUCAAUUUGAUGGGACCCAACUCAUUGACGUUGGUGCGCAACUUGAUCACAAAACUUGAGGCUCAGCAGGUGAACAUAUUGCGGUUCAUUGCCAGCAUAGAAAUAUUCAUGAUGCCAGCUAUCUUGCUUCUUAUAUUCAGUGGCAAGGCAAGCUUAUUUUUGCCAUUUAUAUACUACAGAUUUCUAACAUUUCGGUAUGCAUCUCGCAGAAAUCCUUAUAACAGGUUGUUGUUUAGUGAAUUCUAUCAAGCCACAAUGGUUCUGUGCAAUAAGCCACAGUGCCCACAACUGGUCAGAAACCUCUGCUACAAAGCUGUCAACUUUAUCUCAUGGCUAGCUCCAGUAGCCCAGGCCUCAUAGAUGUCACAAUUACUUUGUUUUUUACCGACCAUUAUUUUAAACAGUUUUUUUUUUUUUUACUUGUGUGUCUUGAUAGAUGAAAAAAUGUGUAUCAUGUGAUAGCUGAUAGCUGCUAUAGUGAUAUUACUGAUGUAUUGAAAUAUAUUUAAAACUAAUGUCACAAGCAGGUAACAUAAGUUAAUUGGCUGUGGAGAUAAAAGCCAUCUUAUAACAGGUUUUUUUUUAGUAUGCCAAAUUAUUUCAGGUUUCCUAUCAUUAUAUUGUGGCUUCUUUUAGGAAAGGUUUUUGUGAAUAGUAAAGUUUGUUCAUGUUUUUGGUUUAAGACAUACUAGAGUUAAUUUAUUUUCUUGCAAAUUUUGAUAUUAAGCCACUGUCUUGGCUUUGAAAGCCUGUCAAAUAUUAUUAAACAAGGUUGUUUUCUCAUAAUCACCACAAAUUGAUAGCACCACGUCACAAAAAUACUACUUUAUGGAGCAGAGACCUGGAGAACCACCAUCACCACCAUGAAAAAAAUCCAGGUAUUCAUCAAUACCUGCCUAGGAGGAUACUUAUGAUCCGCUGGCCAGACAAGAGCUCAAAUGAGGAACUGUGGCAAAGAACAAAGCAGCAGCCCAUUGAAGUAGAUAUCCUUCAGAGACGCUGGAGAUGGAUAGGUCACAACUUUCGCAAGCCUGCAUCCAACAUAACAAGGCAAGCCCUGGACACAAACACACACACACACCCCGGUUGGUGGCCUAUGCCCCAGAAGGGACCACAGGCAGAGAUGAAGAUGAGAGGACGUCACAAAAAAUGAUUCAUAAUGAAGAAAGAAAAAGUAGAUCCAAAAAAAAACAAAUCAUUUCUAACAAUUCAAUCCAUAGAAGAAUACGUCCUUCCUUGUUCUUUAGAAACAGUAUAUCAUGAUUAGUUCAGGCCAGUUUCGUAGUGCUGUAUAGUGAACUCUUGGAAUCUGACAGCUCUAAAAAAGUCUGCUAUGUAGAACCUAAACAAUCAUGAGCCACUGUGAGCAAAUACAUCGAUUUCAUUUAUUAUGUUAGUAUGUAGCAUAUGUUUUCGAGCAAAUAUGUGACCAUUAGCCAUAUUGACCAUUAAAAACAUCAUUAGCCAUAUUGACCAUUAAAAACAUCAUAAGCCAUAUUGACCUUUUAAAACAAACUUCUCUGGAAGAAAUAAAUCAGGUAGAAAAUUUGUUUGCCUAGAGAGUACCGUAACCAUAAAUUUGUUCACAUAAAAGAGAACUUUGGCAUUUACUGUGACUAGCUGUGGGUAGUGAUUGUGCUCUUCAGUUUAAAUUUAGAUUGUAGAGUUGAAGUACUGUCCUCUAAGAUUGCUAUAACUGAAGAGUGAGACUAAUCAUCUUUUUUUUUUUUUUUUUUAUCAAUCUAGAUUAUUCAACAGCUUUUCCUCUGUUGUUUUAGUUGCUAGUUCAUUCACUGCCAUACUAUUUGAAACAUUUUAGAUUUCAGUUUAUUGGUCUGUUUUCAUUGUGUAACACACAUUUUAUAUAUGUAUAUUUAGAAAGGUAUUUGUGCAGAUGUGAUUGAAUAAUGAGUUGGCUUAGUGCCGGAAGCCAGAAAAGAAUGUUUUCGAUUGUUUGCUGAUUGAUUGAUUGAUUCUAUUUAUUGACUCUAACAAACCUUUAAAAAAAAUCACUUUGUAAUUUUAAUAUAUCUGCAUUUAGAUUUUUUUAAAUUGUAGAUUUCUUAAUCAUUUUUUUUCUGUCCUUCUAGAAGCCGCUGUGAUACAUAUCAUACUUUUAGCAAGUAAAGGGGGGGGGGGGGGGGGGGCUGCCAAAACAUUAAUUAUUAGUAUUUGACCAAAGUAUAUCUUAGGGAUAAUUUUUUUUUUUUUUUUAAAUGUCUUAUUUUUUAGGUUCUUUAAUGUCUAUUGCUAUGAUAGAUUACAAAUAAUGUUAUUCUCUGUGAUUGUACUUGAGCUAUAAAGAAGAAAAGAAAGUAUCAGCCCCAUGUGCAGUCUGUGAUUGUACUUGAGCUAUAAAGAAGUCAAGAAAGUAUCAGCCCCGUGUGCAGGCAGCAUCAGUAGAAGUGAACAAGAGAUUUAAUCCACAGUUUUUGUUUCUUUCUGGUUGGCAUGAUUUAUUUGUAUGCAUAAUUUAAGAUUUUUUUGUACUGUGUCAAUAAAAAUUGUAUGUGGAAUAGA